GACGCUAAAGCAGCAGAUAAAGUUGAUGCAUUUGUUGUAAACUUUCCAGCAUUCAAGCUUUAUUUGUCCGAGUUUGAUACUCCCCUCUGUGGGUGGAGAAGCUGAGGGACUGGCUGACGUCACCCAAAGAGUAGGGAUAAGAGCAGUGCCCAGAGCUUUGGAAUGAGUAAAACUUCUUAGGAGAUAUAAAAGGUCGGCUGCCCUGUCUGGCAGGUGCUCUGCUGACAGCAGCCUUCCUCCUAUAGCUCAACUUCUCACACAGACCCAAGGAGACAAGAACAGUAAAAAGGAAACUCUGUCCACAAUGCCACAAAAUGUUGUUCUCCAAGGACCGUCACCCUGGGGAUUCAGGCUCUCAGGAGGAAUAGAUUUUAACCAACCCUUAAUCAUAACCAGGAUUACACCUGGAAGCAAGGCUUCAGCCGCCAACCUGUGCCCUGGUGAUGUUAUUAUAGCUAUUGAUGGUCUAGGCACAGAGAACAUGACACAUAAUGAUGCCCAGGAGAGAAUUAAAGCAGCUACACAUCAGCUUUGUUUGAAAAUAGAGAGGGCAGGAACUAAAUUAUGGUCCCCACAAGUUUCAGAAGAUGGCAGAGCACAUCCCUUUAAGAUAAAUUUGGAAGCUGAACCCCAGGAUAUCAACUACUUUGAACACAAGCAUAAUAUUCGGCCCAAACCCUUCAUAAUCUCAGGCCGAAGCAGUGGAUGCAGCACUCCUUCGGGGCUGGACUGCGGCAGUGGGCGCAGCACCCCCUCUUCAAUUAGCACGGUCAGCUCCAUCUGCCCCACCGAGCUGAAAGCAGUGUCCAAGAUGGCCCCUAAUGUUCCCCUGGAGAUGGAGCUCCCCGGUGUCAAGAUUGUACACGCUCAGUUUAACACGCCUAUGCAGCUGUACUCAGAUGACAAUAUCAUGGAAACACUGCAAGGCCAAGUUUCUACAGCUUUGGGGGAAACACCUGUCAUAAGCAACCCAUCUCCCAACUCAGUGUCUCAGUCUGACGUGUACAAGAUGCUGCACGCCAACCAGGAGGAGCCCAGUCAGCCGCGCCAGUCUGGCUCCUUUAAGGUGCUCCAGAAUUUAGUCUCCGAGGAAGAUGGGCGCCCUGUGGGAACAAGAAGUGUGAAAGCACCUGUAACAAAGAUACCUACUGCCAUGCCUGGUGUCCAGAAAGUGCCACUGUGUGACAAAUGUGGGAGUGGGAUUCUAGGGACAGUGGUGAAGGCACGUGAUAAAUACCGGCAUCCAGAAUGCUUCGUGUGCUCUGACUGCGAUCUCAACCUGAAACAAAAAGGUUAUUUCUUCGUGGAGGGCCAGCUGUACUGCGAAGCUCACGCCCGCGCCCGCAUGAGGCCACCGGAGGGAUACGAAACAGUUACGGUUUACCCAAAAUGCUAGUCCUAGGUUAGCACACAAAUGUAUGCAUGCACACAAAAAGCCUUUACCAGCAUAGAACUGCAGUACAAGUGCCAGGAUUUAUGCCUAAAUCCAAGGUAGCAGCUUUCAAACCUUUCCCUGGGGGAUUCUGAGAGAGGCAAAGUCCUUGUUAGCCAGAAAUAAUAUAUUAUACCAGCAAAAAUCUGCUAAAAUAUUGGUUUUGAAUCUGUCAUUAUAACUCAAGGAAGUGUAUGUAAACUGAAAAUGCUCUCCUAGAACACAAAAAGUGAAACAGCUGAAGUAUUAUAUGAAUGCUACAGAAUCAUGUACACACACACAUAUAUAUAUAUCUUAUAUACAUAAGAGCUGUAAGCAAGACAUUAUUUUGAACAUUAAUCAAGUACUUGCGCAAACACCAACACCAUCAAAGUCUUACAUGCUGGGCGGCUAUAAAUGUAGAAACAUGACAGAUUAGAAAAGCAGCUAUUUUACGUUUAGUACAAAACAAGCUGUUGUUCAUGUCUGUUAUUCAACUAUCAUAAAUGUAUGCCCCAAACAUGUUUUGCUUACUUUCCUCUGAAUUUGGGGUUAUAUUGCCUUAAUUUUCUGAUGCAUCAACUGUGAUAAAAAAUAUAUGUCAAGUCACAUAAUAAAAUGGUUAGUAUAAUAAAGACUGGUUAUUAAGAAGCAAA